CCGCGGUCACAUGGUACCGUUUUCUGCCGCGUGCGAUCCGAGAGCCUGCUGUUUGCGCGCGCCCUGCUUGUCUAGGGAGGGAGCGAGAGAGAGACAAGAGAAAAACAAGAGAGAGAGAGGGUUUCCAGACAGCAAAAGCAGGCCGAGGGACAAACUGCAGUUCCCAACGACACAGACCGAGACCGAGUGACAGCACGAAUCGUUUUUUCUCUACACAUCACAGUCAAAUAGAAGAGCCCAGCAGCCUCAUGCAAAGCUUCCUGCACAGACACAAUUGUGUCUUUCCGAAAAAAUGUCCGUAUCAAAGUAGUUUGAUUUAUGACUCACGCGUAAUUUACCUAUAACAGAAAGCGUAAAACGAAGACGCAUAACUUUGAGAUCGCCGAUGAUCCUUCGUUUUUUUCUAACUGAAAAAAAAUCUACGGAUUGCGAAGUAGGUCUGCAUGACUCGUUUGGAGCUCAACAUGACGACUGCAAUGGACACAAGCAACAAUAGCAACACAGGAGGCGUCAUCUCCUACGUGGGCUCCUGCGGCGGCUCGCAGGCGCGCAUCAGUCCUGUGUCCAUGUACAGCGACAACUCCAACUCCCAGCCCUCUUUCGCCUCCUCCACCUCCUCCUCCCCUCCCUCCUUCCACAGCAGUGGCAGCUCCAGCUCCGGCUCGGGUGGAGAGGACGGCUCCUCCUCCUUCUCCUCCUCCUCCUCAUCCACCUCCUCCUUCUCCUCCUCAUCCUCUUCAGUAGGAGGCUCCCAUCGUUGCCGUGACGAUAGAAGCUCGCUGAGAGCAGCCCCCGGCAAAUCCGUGGCGAGGCUGACCAAGCUGAAUGGCAUGGUCCUGCUGUGUAAAGUUUGUGGAGACGUGGCCUCAGGUUUCCACUACGGAGUCCAUGCAUGUGAAGGAUGUAAGGGUUUCUUCCGCCGCAGCAUCCAGCAGAACAUCCAGUACAAGAAGUGUCUGAAGAACGAAAGCUGCACCAUCAUCAGGAUCAACAGGAACCGCUGCCAGCAGUGUCGCUUUAAGAAGUGCCUCUCCGUGGGCAUGAGCAGAGAUGCGGUGCGUUUCGGCCGCAUACCAAAGCGGGAGAAGCAGAGAAUGCUGGCAGAGAUGCAGAGUGCCAUGAACAACAUGGUCAACAACCAGCUGCAGAACGACUUCCAACUCGCCAGCCUCUCCUCCUCCUCCUCCCCGCCCCCUCCUCCCUCCUCCUUAUCCUCCUCUCCCUGUCCGCCUCAGCCGCCCGCCCUCCCGGCGGCACCUUCGUCUCCUUCGACCCCUGCCCCGGCCAUGUCCUCCUCCCUGCCUCCUCCCUCUACCCAUGGUGCACCUCCUCCCCAAGACAUGCUGACGUCCCACCCCCCCGCCCUCUCCUCCCCCUCCCUAUCAACGCCUCCCGCUCCUCUCUGCCCCGCCAGUCUCGGCGUGGACUCCACCGUCAGUGCCAUCGCGCGUGCUCACCGCGAGACUUUCCUGUAUGCGCACGACAAACUGACCAACCCCGGCACGCCUCUGCCGCAACGUCGUCAACAACACCUCCAGCACCAACAAGCCCUCCGCAACGUGGAGACAAACAACUGGGUCUCCAACCAGUGUUCGAGUGGUUACCAUGCCAACGGACUCAACACCAUCUACCACAACAACAACAACUUUGCCAGUGGUUACGUGGCCCAGCAUCACCACGGCAACCACCGCCACAGCAAUCUCCCUGGGGGAGAGAUGCAUGGCAAGCAUGCACAGCAAGGACAGAACUCUCCCAUGAAGAACCAACCUGAUAUCAUGCUGGCGUGUCCUAUGAACAUGUGUCCCAGGGCAGACCCCUCUAAGAGCUCCCAGGAGAUCUGGGAGGAUUUCUCCCUCUCCUUCAGCCCUGCCGUCCGGGAGGUGGUGGAGUUUGCCAAACACAUCCCAGGAUUCAACACUCUGUCACAGACCGACCAGGUCUCUCUGCUGAAAGCCGGCACCUUUGAGGUGCUAAUGGUGCGCUUUGCUUCGAUGUUCAACGUGAGAGAACAGACGGUGACGUUUAUCUCCGGCACCACCUAUGGGCUGGAGGACCUGCGGGCCAUGGGGAUGGGCGAGCUGCUGGGGGCCAUGUUUGACUUCAGCCACAAGCUAGCAUCACUGGAACUCAGCCCGGAGGAGCUGGGCCUGUUCACCGCUGUGGUGCUCGUAUCUGCAGACCGGUCUGGCAUCGAAAACUUCACCACGGUGGAGCAGCUCCAGGAGAGCCUGAUUCAAGCUCUGCGCUUAUUGGUCAGCAAGUCACCCAAUCAUCACCAUGGCGACUCGCCCCGCUUCACCAGGGUCCUGCUCAAGCUCUCCGACCUCAGGACCCUCAACAACAUGCACUCUGAGAAGCUUCUCUCCUUCCGCAUCGACGGCUGAACACAAACACCACACCGAUGGCCCAUGAUGAUGACAAUGAUGAAUGAUAAUGUCAUCCUCAACAUGGAGCCGUGCUAAGGCGCUCUUCUUUACCACUGAAACUGGUUUGUCACAAUCAUUUGAGCUUCAUUGUGUUGUCUCCGCUUGCGUCAGCCCAAAGUUCAGGAACUGAGACAUCUGUCUCUGAGAAACCUCUGAUUGUUUUUCGUUUCCUUCAAAAAGGAGAAACUGAUAUGAGUGCUGUCGCACAGUGAUGAUAUCGCGGAGAACCACAGGUCUAGUGAGUGUACUAGAUGCUAAGGUUGGCUGGAGAGUUUGGACAUUGUGUAACCUGGGUAAAAUAAGCAGCUGUCAAAAUGUAAACUGAAGUGGCACUUCAGUUUGGCACUUCAGUGCCGCCCCCCCCCCCUGUGAGGCCCCUGAAGACUGAGUACAUCUGCUUUAAUAGAUGGAUCUCUUCAACAAAAAAAGACUUGAAACAGAUGAGGACAGAAUUGUACUGAGCAGAAAACGUUCUGCCGGAACCACAAUAGACCAGAACAAUCCUCUGAAGACCACCUUUAUCUGGAGGAACCCUGCCUACUUUACUGAGAGAAGAUUGCCAUCUAUCCACACACACACACACACACACACACACACACACACACACACACACACACACACACACACACACACACACACACACACACACACACACACACACACACACACACACACAAUAGGCUGGACUGCAUGUAUGCAUUAUAAAACAGUUCAAAUGCAGUAUGCAGUUGAUACAUUAUGCAGUAGUGUGAAGUUAUCACACAUAAAUACCAUGUAACAAACUGUCAACAAAUCACCAUGAAUACAAAUAUACUUGAAACGUUUUUAAAAUUCUGUAUUUAACACUUAAAUAUAUAAAUAUAUAUAUUUUGUUAAUUUGAAAUAUGCUCAUAGUGCAAAUAUUAUAUGAGUGGGGCACAGAUAUAUAAAGAUAUAAACAUUCUUGUAUGUAUGAAAUGCAUUAUACAGAAUUGAAAUAUCCUGAUUGUAUGUAUUUAUGUUGUAAAAGCAUUAUUACUUGAAAAAAAAAAAGAUCUUUGAUCUGUAAGAAAAAAUGUAUUGUUACUUUCCAUAUUCUUUUACCUUUAACUUUGUUUAACUUGAGGAGGACAAAGUUAACAAAAUGUAGUCAAAUCUAGAAAUACCUUUGGCGGAGUGUGGAUGGUGGCUGGUUUAAGCAGCCUCACCCCAGAGGAGCAAUUCCCAUACUACACACCCCCUGGCUGCCGUGCUUCACCUAGUGGACAUCUUCUGGGCUCCUCCAGCCAAAGGACAAAGUGGGGUGGUGAUAAAAUCGGGUUUAUUGCAAAGGUGUGAUAAUAAACAUGAUAAUGGGUGCUCCGCUGCCAUCAAGGAGAUCUCCCCGGAGUGCGUGGGGUGAUGGCUGUGCACACAGAUAACACAAUGUGUGAUAUCUCUACAGGUGUGCAGCCCCACCCAGCCCCAGGGUCCAAUCCCUCUGUCAGGGGAGGCUGCUUAAACCAGCCAUAAUCCACACACACUCCCAACACCUGGUCCAACUAAAAGCUCCCUAAAUCAUUAGUAUUAUAAAAUGAAUUGAAGAAAGGCAUUGAAGUAGCUUUAAAGUACAUAAGGUGUCUUAUAGGAAAAUUAUGAAAACCACCAUCUGCCUCUAGACUCCUUCAGUGUUGGCAUUGGACAGCUUACUACAAUAGCCAACCACAGCACUUCUAUGGGGGAGAAUAUACUGUGUUUGCAUUCGGCAAUGUUCCUUAAUUAUGUAGCGGCAAUCAUGGUUCCGACGUGGUUAGAAUACAAACUCAAGCGGGGUAGGGCACCUGAAUACUGUGUCCAACAUGUCAGAGCAUUUAAAAACAAGAUGAAACCAAGGUGGCCGGUAGGCGAAUAAGGCCCUUGGCCAACUGUCGGUUAUCAGAUCACAGAUCGCGGUCUGUCAUUUUGAAUGCCUGUAGUUCAAAUCAAAACAUUCUAAAGGCCACAGGAUGAGGUCAGAGAAGGUGAAUGUAUGGGCUGGGAAAGGAUUUUAAAGGAGUGGAGGUAGGCUAACUAUUAUGUUUCUCGUUGAGGCUGGACAUGAUGUAACAUAUCUAGAAUAAAGAUAAUGCCUAUUCAUUAAAUCGGGUGCACGUGCACCCAUUACAUUUUUAUCUCAAACUGAGUAGCCUAUAGGUGACGUAAUUCUGGUGUCUUGGUCAGACAUUAGUCUUCUUCUACAUCGCACUUAAUUCUGCUUGCUUACCUUUUUUCUUUAUAGUCUGCUGAUGCUUAAAGGUUAAACAUUGUAUGUAUUAGUAUGUUCAAUAUUGAGCUGUGAGCUGGUGUUCAGAGGUCUGCUUGCCUACAGUCAUCGUUGUUCAACAUAAGUAUUUCUCAGAAGUACUUCCACCUUAGCAUUUUCAAUGGCAGUUGCUGUGAUUAUGACCUCUCUGUAUUCGACAGGACUAACUUAAAAAGACCUGCGAGAGUCGCGAGCAGCAGUGAGAGCCUCACGGUCACGGUGUGCCCGAGACGAUUUGCGACUCGCACGGAAGAUGUAGGUCAAAUCACCGCCGCGUAAUAAAUAUCAUUCUUCCUCUGCGCUCAUUGGUCGGUUGAAACUGAUUUUCAGAAACCGUACCGACCAAUCCAUGUCGUCGUUGGUUAUGGACAGGGGAAGAGGGAAGGAGAUGAUCUCAGACCAGACUACAUAAAUAUAAUACCAUCUACAGAAACAAUUCUAACCCCCCUUUCCAUAAACCUUUUUGGGUGUUGCGUUUUUUAAAUAUAUUCGUGUUUAAUGUGUUUGACUAUUGUAAUAUUCAAUUAUUGAAUAAGUUUAUAGGUUUUUCUCAACUCUAGGUUCUACAUUCCCUCACUUGUCACAAUGUGUGUGGAACUAUAUUUAUCUUUUAUGCAGUCAUAGGUCUUGGGCUACUUUAACACCAUACCAACUAUGUCGUGAGUAUAUUGGUUAUUCAGUCAUAC